AAUUGCAGCAUAAACACUGCUGCGUUCUGCUGUCAACAAAUUAACAACUUUUUGGCGAGGCAAUUUAGGAUAGGUACAAUUUCCAGCUCCUUGGACACACGGGCAAUCUAGCUAAUCGAUUGGAUUUGGUGCAUAGCGUAGGGUGCGUCCGAUGUCGAUGUUUGUCGUUUGAAUGUGUAUUUCGUCGUUUGGUGUGUCUUCUGUCCCUUCCAAAACCACACGCUUCCCGUAAGAUUGUGCAGCGUAAAGUGUCGUUUUGUGUUAUUAAAUGUGCUCAUAGUAGAACCCCUUUCGCUAGCUAACUCUGUAUCAUUUUGUCCGGUGUCCCCCAUACUAAUUUGGUCAACGUGAGCACACAUUUAGUUAGGCAUGGCGUCACCCUUCCGCUAUACGCACGCAAUCACUGCCAGAAUUCCAUUAUCUUUAAGAACGCGCGGAGAAAUCGAUCUGGAAGAGGCCAAACUGCAGCAUGAAAGUUAUGUGAAAAUGCUGCGCGAUCUAGGACUGGAUGUGAUAGAACUGCCACCGGAUGAAAAUUUACCUGAAUGUCCGUUCGUUGAAGACUGCGCCGUAGUAUGUAAUGGAAUAGCGUUAAUUUGCCGACCCGGUGAUCCGCAUCGGGUGCAGGAAGUCGAAGCCGUGCGGGCUGUGCUGAAGAAGGAACUGGAUCUUCCCUUAGCCGAAAUAGCCGAUCCCAACGCUAGACUGGAUGGCGGCGACGUGCUCUUUACCGGGCGCGAGUUUUUCGUUGGUCUCAGUAAGUGGACCAAUGAAGCGGGUGCUCGUGCGGUGGCGGCCGCCUUUCCCGAAUAUCCCUGCGUUCCGAUAAAGGUAUCAGAGCAUCAUCAUCUCAAGUAUUACGUUUCCAUGGGUGGACCGGACGUUCUCUGUGUUAGCCGCAGCAAGGAAUCGCAAGAGAUCUUGAAGCGAAUCGAGCGCGAAGCUACCUUCACGUACCACACGCUGACACUGCAGGAAGAGACCGCAGCGAACGUGCUGUACAUCAACGGUACGCUCGUUACACGAUCCGUCGAUGAAAUUCCAAUCUCAACGCAGAUUUUAUCGCAGAAGCUCGACAAUCCGCGCCAGAUGCUGUACAUGUCCGAGCUGGGCAAGUUUUCCAACGGUCUUACCGCCUGUUCCAUUCUGGUCAAACGUUCCAAGCACAUCAAAAGCCUGUGAGUGAGCAUCGAGAACACAUCGACAGAAUCCAGUUAAGGGAUGCAGCAGCACAUUACACGUUUCCUUGUUUGUUAUCUAACUUAGUUUGUCCUGUGUGUUGUAGUACAACAAAAAAGCCUCUUUUCCGCAGCUAUUCCCAUGACCAACGACAAACCGUUUUUAUCAGUGUGGGAAGUGGUGGGGUUGGGUUUCCUCCAAAUUUGUAGCUCUAAUUAUUUAUUUUCUAUAUAACUUUUUCUUCUAAGUAGUGCGUACUGCACCAACUUAUAAAAGUAUUAAUUUUAUGUUUCAAGUGACAAGGGAAUUUGCACCGCCACCGGAUUGUUUUCGUUUCACAACUCCAAAAGCCUCAAUUUCCAUUUUUUGACGACAUUUGCGUAGCAUCAUACUGAACUAACGCGCACAUUUACUUGAACAGAUCUGUUUUCCUUCACCAAACCGUCUGUCGAUACUAGUCACCUGAACAAUGGGCAUUACAGAGUUCAAAUCAUUAAAGUAUUUCUUCUUUUUUCUAGCUUGUUUUUUUUUUAAAUGGUCUGUAAGCAGAAAAAUACAUUUGUUCCACUGAUAUUAACCCUAUCGAAAGUAAUCUCUAUUUAAAUGAAACGUGAAAACUGAACACCUUUUACUCUACGCUGCUAUAAUUGAUAUUUUUAUCGCUUGUGUAUGCUCCUCUCUUGAGAAAGGUUGAAUUGUGAAAAAUUCAAACUGUAUUUUCGCGGUACCCCAACAAAUAUAAGCAAAGGAGAGAAGAAAAAAAGAAACAACAAUAUUUACAACGAUACUACCUAGUUCUGCAUAACUUUGGAGUGUGUAUACUCACACGAAAUCUGUAACGCAACAGUGUAAUUCUUCUCUAGCAAUAUAGCCUAUACGUUACGUUACACCAACUAAAAACUUUUGGCAAAUGAAUAAAAGAUGAUUGUAGCUUCUCCAUAACCA